AUGUCACUUUCUGAACGUCGCGCUUCUGACCGACGAGGGUCUGGAAUAUCCUCACGUCGCCCAUCCAUCGAUCCAUCUAGACUCGUCCCAAUGGACAAAACCACUCACGUCGCUGGGGGGGACGACUUUAAUGUGGUCUUCAUUGGCGCAGGCAACAUCAUGUUCGGAUCUGAAGAAGGACCAUGGAAUCACUCAUUCCGUCUUGAACAUAAGCUUGGUCGGCGCCUCAAAGUAGUCGCUCUAAUCGACCCGGCCAUCGAGCGUGCCACAGCGGUGCUUCAGAAGAAGUGCGACUCUUUCGUGGUUUCUGCGUAUCAGGACACUCGUGUCUUUAAGACUCUUGAAGAUUUUGUCCGUACCAUGUCUUCACGUGAACGCCCACGCGCCAUUAUUGUCGGAAGUCCUCCCAUGUUUCGCGGUUCGUCGGCACCUGGGCGUGACAUCGAGCUCCAGAUUCUCAAGCAUUUUCCCGGAGUUGCUAUGUUCAUCGAAAAGCCCAUCGCCACAGGACCUGUGGGUGAAAUUGAUGACGCAUAUAAGAUUGGAAAAAUGAUAAACGACACCAAAACUAUCUGCUCCGUUGGGUAUAUGCUUCGCUACCUCAAGGCAGUUCAAAUGAUGAAACAGAUCAUCCAAGACAACAACUUGACGGUCAUGAGUACCAUCGCCCGCUAUGCGUGCGCAUACCAGGCAAUUGCAAAACCUGAUUGGUGGGACAAGUCAAAGAGUGCCGGACCCAUCAUUGAACAAGGAACUCAUUUUUGCGAUCUCUCGCGUUACUUUGGCGGUGAAGUCGACAUCUCUUCGGUUCAAGCUCAUUCCCUGGAGUGGCACGAAAAUGCCGGCGGGUUGUCGAAGAUGUCUAUAGACGAAAGCAACAUUGCUUCAGAGAACCGUAUACCCCGAGUCACUGCAGCGACAUGGAAAUAUGACAGCGGCGCUGUCGGUAGUUUCACGCACGUCGUUGCAUUGCAGGGAACGGACUACAGCUGUGAACUCGAAGUUUAUGCAGAUGGCUAUUCUAUGAAGCUGGUUAACCCAUAUGUUUCGCCUGUGCUCUACGUUCGAAAGCCAGGGGAUGACAAUGAGACAACCAUCAGAUUCCACGAUGACGACCCGUUCUUUUCUGAGAUUUCCAACCUCAUCGACAUCAUCGAGGACAUUGAAGAGGAACCCGAAGCUGCCCAGAUCCUAAGUUCAUACGAUGACGCGGUACGUACGUAUGAAUUCACUUGGGCCAUUCGUGAGGCGAGCGAACGAUCUCGGGAUGCAAGCUUGAAAAGAGCAGCGGGGAGCCAUUAA